AUGACGCAGUUGAGGCUACCACCGACUGGACUCCAGAAAGUCCUCAAGUCGAGUUCUACCGAAGAGAAGGGAGAGAACGCGCGCCUAUCGUUGCUCACUGGUGCUCUGGCUAUUACGGACUUGCUGAAAACGACGCUAGGGCCCCGUGGGAUGGAUAAGAUUCUCCUCUCUCCUUCUGGGGAGGUCAGUGUUACGAAUGACGGUGCAACAAUCCUAAAGUCUGUGUACGUUGAUAACCCAGCGGUGAAGAUCCUCGUUGAUAUUGCUCUGGUGCAGGACGAUGAGAUCGGGGACGGCACCACCUCGGUUUGCUGUUUAGCGGGUGAGCUGUUGCGUGAAGCGGAACAGCUCCUCGAAAGGCGCUUGCACCCUCAGUUGAUCAUAGCCGGAUACCGUGCUGCCCAUCGAGAGGCGCUGAAAGCACUCGAAGAAGCCGCCAUGGCCCUACCCGCGAAAGACACUCCGGCUGGCUACGAGGCGCUUAUGAACGUUGCGCGCACGGCGCUGUCCUCGAAAGUUCUGUCGCAGUGCAGGGAGCUCUUUGCGAAGAUCGCGGUAGAUGCUGUGAUCCGCUUGCAAGGUAGCACGAACCUGGAUCAUAUUAAAAUCAUUAAAAAACCCGGCGGUGCCCUUCAUGAGUCAUUCCUGGCGGAAGGCUUCAUUCUGGAGAAGCGCUUCGGCGUAGGCCAGAAGAAACGUGUCGAAAAUGCAAAAAUUUUGAUUGCCAACACACCGAUGGAUACGGAUAAGAUCAAAAUCUAUGGUGCUCGUGUUCGGACAGAGUCAAUUGCACGUGUUGCGGAAAUAGAACAAGCGGAGCAGGAAAAGAUGAUAGAGAAAUGUCGUCGUAUUCUCGGUUACGGAUGCAAUGUUUUUGUCAAUCGUCAACUCAUUUACAAUCGUCCGGAGCAAUUUUUCACGGAUAAUGGUAUCAACAGUAUUGAACACGCAGAUUUCGAUGGCAUUGAGCGCCUAGCGCUUGUGACCGGCGGUGAAAUCGUCAGUACCUUCGAUAGUCCGGGGGCCAUUCGGCUCGGUGAAUGUGCCGUUAUCGAAGAGAUCAUGAUCGGGGACGACGCUGUACUGCAUUUUCAGGGAUGUCGGGCGCCAGAAGCUUGCUCGAUCGUCAUCCGGGGUGCGAACCAGCAGAUUCUCGAUGAAGCUGAGCGUUCGUUGCACGAUGCCCUCUGUGUACUGAGCCAACUCGUCGUAGACUCCCGACUAGUUUUGGGAGCCGGUUGCUCGGAGGCACUCAUGGCGAAUGCAGUGGAUGCGUGUGCGGCACGUAUGGGCGGCAAAGCCGCGCUGGCGGCGGAGGCAUUUGCUCGCGCUCUCCGCAGUCUUCCAGGCCUUAUCGCGGAAAACGCGGGUCUCGAUGCGACGAGUCUCGUGGCGGAGCUUCGAGCUGCGCACGCUCAGGGCAACACUUCGGCUGGUUUGGAUAUCCUCUCGGGUUCUAUCGCCGAUGCCCGAGCUUUAGGUGUCGUGGAGUCUUUCCGACUGAAAGCACACGUGCUUUCAUCCGCAACAGAAGCAGCUGAAAUGAUCCUCCGCGUGGAUGAUGUUAUCAAAUCAGCGCCUAGGAAAAUGGAACCUGCACACCCUCAUAUGUAA